UUGUAAAAACGAGAAUUACUCAUUAAAAGUGUGUCUUGCACAUUCAUUCUGAGAAGAAGGAUCUUAAAAUCUACAAACGUUAAUUAACAGUUAUUUUUACAAUCUGAAAUUAUAGCCUCGCAAUAUUUCUCCCCGGUUGAGUUCUGUACAUUGACACACUGUAAUCACCAGCGCGCACAUCCCGGGCACGAUGGGGUUAGCCCGAGUGACGCACACAGAGGUUUUAACACCGACUGGACUCUUUCUCCUCUUUUCAAUUUCAACUGGAAAGAGAAAGGAAAAGGGUCUUGCAGCUUGAUAACUUCAUCAGAACAGGAGUUGGGCACAGGGGUUAAUAACUAAUAACCCUCCCCGGCAGAGAGACACGAAGCCAGCAGGUAAUAUUAGAACCGCAGCUGCGGAGGUACGACAACACAGUGAAACCGCGCAGCACGGAUUCAUCAGGUAUUUUGGAUAGUUGAAGGGACGCAGAAAAGCAACAAAGGUGAAAGAGGAAGAUGCUGUGGUGUCUGGUUGCUGUGCAGCUGUUCUUGGUGCCAGCUCUCCUGCUGCCUAGUGGGGACUACUGGGAGGAAUGGAGUCCCUAUGGAGAAUGUAGCAGGAGCUGUGGCAGUGGGGUUACCAUGAGAACCAGGAGAUGUGUUACCCAGAGGACUGAUGGAGGAAACAACUGUGUGGGGCCAGACAAGUCCUACCGCUCAUGUAACAUCCAGGACUGCCCAGGGGGAUCCAGAGACUUCAGAGAGGAACAGUGUUCUCAGUUUGAUGGAUCUGACUUCCAGGGAAAACGCUACAAAUGGCUCCCAUACUAUGGAGCUGACAACCCUUGUGAGCUGAACUGUAUACCCAGGGGAGAGAACUUCUUCUACCGCCACAAGACAGCUGUGGUUGACGGCACGCCCUGCCACCCCGGGAGGAAGGAUGUGUGUGUGGAUGGCGUCUGUAAGCGUCUGGGCUGUGACAACAUGCUGGAGUCCCCCCAGCAGGAGGACCCCUGUCUGCAGUGUGGGGGCAACGGACAGUCCUGCUACCCAGUUAGGAGUACCUUCAAUAUUAACAACCUGCCCAAAGGCUAUAACCAGAUGUUUAUCAUCCCUGUGGGAGCCACCUCCAUCCGCAUCGGAGAGACUGUUGCCACUCGUAACUACCUGGCCGUUAAGAACCUGCGUGGUGAGUACUACCUGAACGGCCACUGGGUGAUUGAGUUCUCCAGGGCCACUCCAGUAGCAGGCACCAUGCUAUACUACCAGAGAGGGGCUGAGGGAGAGAUGACUCCUGAGACCAUCAUCGGCCGCGGACCCACCACCGAGCCGCUGGUUAUAGAGUUGAUCAGCCAGGAACAUAACCAGGGAGUAGAGUAUGAGUACUACCUCCCUAACGGUCACUCCAGAGAGGGUCACUACUGGAGCUUCGGCUCCUGGUCUGCCUGCAGCAGAGAGUGUGGCUCAGGGUACCAGUCUCGUCUGGUGUUCUGUGCCAUCGAUAACGAGGCCUACCCAGACUACCUGUGCUCCGCCUUGCCACGCCCCCUCACCAACCGCACCUGCAACACUCAGCAAUGUCCUCAGACUCAGAGCUGGUCGACAGGUGAAUGGAACGUGUGCUCUGUAUCGUGUGGCGGCGGAUCCCAGGUGCGCAGUGUGCAGUGUGUCUCCUAUGAUGCAUCAGGGCCCCGUGUGGUGGAGGACGCUGUCUGUGCAGCCUACGCCCUCACACCGCCCACCCUGCAGACCUGCAACAUGCAGCGUUGUGUCUCCUGGAGGGCCUCUGUCUGGAGUGCGUGCUCAGUAACAUGUGGGACAGGGGAUCAGUCCAGAGAGGUGAUGUGUGUCGGAGCAGCAUCAGUCCAGCUAGCAGACACCUCCUGCAUCGCCUCACUCCGCCCUGUAGCCGCCCAGCCCUGCUCCAUGCCCGCAUGCCUACUGUCUGUCAGCUGGCACGUUGGAGACUGGGGACUGUGCUCUAAGAGCUGUGAGUCAGGUCUGCGUGAGCGCCAGGUGAUGUGUUCUGACAGAGAGAGGAACCUGUACCCAGUGGAACGUUGUAACUCUGUCCCUAAACCCCUCACAGUGGAUACCUGCAAUACACAGCCCUGCUACAGCCCACAGGUUGUCCCCAGUAUGCAGGAUCCCAGAGGACAAGACAACACACAGCACGGCGUCCCAGAUCCCGCUACAGUCCUCAGACCAGACUCUGCUGACCACCAGACCAACACAGUGUACCAUGGUCACAGCUCCGGGCCAGCCCAACACUGUAGCCGGUCCCACUACGGUUGCUGUCCAGACGGAGUGAUGGCUGCUGGGGGAACAGGGGGUCUGGGCUGUCCACGGGGAUCCAGCCCUGAGCAGGCUGUCUGUACCACCACCAGGUAUGGAUGCUGCAGGGAUGGUGUGACCAUAUCACAGGGCUCCAACAGGGAGGGCUGUCAGGAGUAUGGCUGUAUUAACACCAGGUAUGGGUGUUGCAGGAAUGGUGUGUCUGCAGCACAGGGACUCAACAAGGAGGGUUGUCUGGAAUAUGGCCCUCUUGCCCACCCCACGGCUCCUACUACUCCCCUCCUACCAGCUGAAAACAGUAUCCAGUGUCGUCUGACCACCUACGGCUGCUGUUUCGACCGUACGUCAGCCGCCGCAGGUCCCGAUGGAGAGGGCUGCCCCACUCCACCCGACAAUGUUCCCAGAACCACCUGUUCUCUGCCCAAGGCGGCCGGCUCCUGCAGUGGCUGGACGGGCCGAUACUUCUACGACGUCGCCGCCGCCAAGUGCUCCCACUUCUGGUACGGUGGCUGCCACGGCAACGACAACAACUUCCUGACCCGCGGAGACUGUCAGAGCAGGUGCCCUGGGGCCCGGACCAGCCAGACCAGCCACACCUACCAGCCGAGCCAGUCAGGCCAUGACAUGCGCAGGGUCUUCACGGUGCAGCGCGGCACCUCAGGGGGAUCCACUGGAGGGCGCAAGGGAGCCAGCGCCGCAGACCACGCCCACAGGGCCAGGGUCCAUGUCCGGCCCCGCCGCCCAGCCACCUACUCCGUUCAGCAAACCCACCCUGCAGCGAGCCUGACCCAGCCAGGGGGGGUGAAGAUCGACCAGACCGACCCGACCACGGUGGAGGCUCUGGUGGGACAGACGGUGGUGUUACCCUGCAGAGUCUCUCCAGCUCCGUCCUCCACCAUCAUAGUGGAGUGGAGGAAGGAUGGAGUCCCUCUCACUACCUUUAGGCAUCAUCCACAGCCUAAUGGUUCCCUGUUAGUUGGUCCUCUAACUAAGGCUGACUCUGGUUGGUUGCUCUGUGUGGCAACGCGUGACCGUGAGAGAGAUCACCGCUACGUGUACCUGUCUGUCUCAGAGAACACCAGAGGAUCCCAGGCGGUACAGGACCCGACAGGAAGCCUCCCCCAAGAUGGAGCAGACAGGACAGGAGAGACAGGAGUUAUACUGCCGUCAGUACCUCAUCGCCAGCCCUCACCCAAGUUCAGUAUAGACCGAUCAGGUUCGUCGUCUGUGGAGGGGAAAGCAGGACAGACGGUCAGACUAGCCUGUAAGAUCAUCCCAGCGUCAGCGCUCUCUUCGGUCAGCCUCCAGUGGACCAGAGAAGGACAGACACUCAACUCUCUCAGACAUGCACAGCAUGCGGACGGCACCCUUGUGAUUGGCCAGUUGAGGUCAGAUGACUCAGGUGUCUACACCUGUACAGGCUCCACCCACAGUCAACUGGAGCAGAGACAGCUCACGCUCAAAGUACAAGGAGACCUGAGGAUCACCAUGCCCCCUAACAACGUGCAGGUGUCUCAGGGCGGCACGGCCCAGCUCCCCUGUGUGGUGUCUGGGGACAACGUCAACGUCGGCUGGUCCAGGAAUGGUGUCCCUGUGCGACCAGAUGGUGGGCGUGUUCAGAUGUCAUCAGAUGGUAGCCUGAUCCUGAAUAACGUGCAGCCGGCAGACGAGGGUUCCUACACCUGUAAUGCCUACACUGGAACAUACUCUGUCAGCGCCACAGCUGAAGUGCGCAUCAACAAGGCCUCACGGCAAGAGCUGGAUACAGGUCUUGGUGUGCCAGCUGAGUGUGUGGACCAGCCAGAGCUGGCUAACUGUGAGCUGAUAGUGUACGCCCGUCUGUGUAACAGCCAGUACUACUCUAGUUUCUGCUGUGCCAGCUGUGCCAGGCACGCCAAGGGAGAGGACAGAUACGGCCAGAUAGGGUAAGGCCCAGGGGGGCAACGAGGUCAUGGCCUGCUAGGGUAUGGGCCAGGGGACAAGGAGGGCCAGGGGAUAAGGAGGAGCAGGGGGCAAGGAGGACCAGGGGACAAGGAGGACCAGGGGGAAAGGAGGACCAGGGGACAAGGAGGACC